UUCCCACCAAAGCGCUCGGGCUGGGCCGGGAGGCGGGGCCCAUUUAAAUCUGGGGCCGCGCGGGGGAGGUGUCUCAGUGCAGGUGCCCUCGGAGCCCGCGGCGGCCGCUUCCCCAGCGCAGCAGCCCCGGCAGGAGCGCCCCCCUCCCCGCCGCCCCUCCGAAGCCCCGCUCGGGAGCCAUCGCCUCGGAGGCGGCGGCCGCGGCCCCUUCCCCAUCCCCGCCGCCUUUCCUUCGGCCCGCGGCCCGACGGGGCGGGAGUUGAGCGCCCGGGAGCGAGCGAGGCGGGGAGGCCGGCCGGCCGCCAGCAUGGCCAACGCGGGGCUGCAGCUGCUGGGCUUCAUCCUGGCCUUCCUGGGCUGGAUCGGGACCAUCGUGAGCACGGCCAUGCCCCAGUGGAAGAUCUCCUCCUACGCGGGGGACAACAUCGUGACGGCCCAGGCCAUCUACGAGGGCCUCUGGAUGUCGUGCGUGUCCCAGAGCACGGGCCAGAUCCAGUGCAAGGUGUUCGACUCGCUGCUGAACCUGAGCAGUACCCUUCAGGCCACCCGUGCUUUGAUGGUCAUCGGGAUCAUCGUGGGACUGAUCGCCAUCUUUGUGGCAACUGUGGGCAUGAAAUGUAUGAAGUGCAUGGAAGAUGAUGAGGUGCAAAAGAUGCGAAUGGCCGUCUUUGGGGGAGUGAUCUUCCUUGUUUCAGGUCUGGCUGUCUUGGUUGCCACAGCAUGGUAUGGAAAUAGAGUUGCUCGAGAGUUCUAUGACCCCAUGACACCAGUCAAUUCUAGGUAUGAGUUCGGGCAGGCUCUCUUCAUCGGCUGGGCCGCAGCUUCCCUGUGCCUGCUGGGAGGUGCCCUCCUUUGCUGCUCCUGUCCCAAGAAAACAACCUCUUACCCAACUCCUCGCCCGUACCCGAAGACCACACCCUCCAGUGGAAAGGACUAUGUGUAACAGAAAGAAAGAGCACACAGUGGCUUGAGGAGAAAAAAAAAAAAAGGAC